CUCUCCGCUUGAUCACGGAGUCACGUGACAGUAGGACAAUAACAACACACAGUGGGGCUGGAGGAACGGGAAAGUCCCUGCGGAGACCCGAAUCUUUACAGAACAGAGAAAAACAUUGAUCCUUUCACAUUAGCAUUGAUUUGAUAUCAAUAUCGGGGUUGUAUGUGCCGUCUAUAUUUGGAUCGAUCCGCCCACUACUACCAAACAGCAGGCCGACCGUUGGGCGACCUGCAGAAAUGUCGUCGGUUGUAGUUUUCUUCUCCCUCCCGAUGUUGGUGGCUUCAGCGUUGAAAGAGGUUUGUGUGAGGCCUGGAGAAGAUGCCACUCUUCAGUGUUGGGGUCCCAGAAAUGCACACAUCACCCUGCUGGAGUGGAGCAGGCCGGAGCUCAUCUCACAGGGUUAUGUGUUCUUCUUCCAAGACCAGCGCUCAUACGAGAACUACCAGCACGAGUCCUUCAAAGGACGAGUGGAGCUGAGAGACCCAUCCAUGAAGGAUGGAGACGUUUCUGUGAUUGUGAGGAACGUCAGCAUCAGCGAUACAGGAACAUACGAGUGUCAGAUUACAACCAGCAGCACCAGAAAUGGCGAGAGAGUCGUCAAAGAGUUCAAGCACUCCAUCAACCUCACAGUCACAGAGUCUGUUCAGAUAAACAUCACAGCUGGACACAACGUAAUUCUGCCAUGUCGAGCUCCAAACAUCGACAGCAAUUCCAAGGCAGUUGUAGAGUGGAGCAGAGCUGACCUUGGAAAAGAUUAUGUUCUUUUGUAUCGGGAUGAACAGCCUGAUCCAGAAGAGCAGCAUCCAUCUUUUAAGAACCGGGUGGAUCUGCAGGACAGAAAGAUGAAGGAUGGAGACGUGUCUUUGAUUCUGAAGGAUGUGACGACUGCUGAUGCUGGAACAUACGAGUGUCGCGUCUUCAGGAGAAGAACAAACCGCAGGAAGAGAGCUAAUCUGGAGACUGACCCCAUCAGCAUCAUCUACCUGAGUGUUGAUCCUCCAGGUCCGAUGGAUGGGGUCAGCAGAAGACAUCCUGGACUGGCAGCCGCCUUGUCACUUUUUGCUGUGAUUGCUGCUUUGGCGAUCUUUAAUAAACUAAAACCUCCUCCUGAGCCAGUUUGAAGCAAAACAGUUUGCAGGUCUUUUUUGUUUGUUUUUUUCUGUCUGCAGAUACAUCACAGUUGGCUUAUAGCAUCAUCCUGACAUUAAGAUGAAAGUACCAGCUUUCAGUAAAUAUGAUUAAGACAACUAGAAUCAUCAUCAUUGCUACUGAACUGGCUGUUGUACAUGAAAGGAUUCAGUUUUUCUCAAUCUACUUGGUUCAAUUCUCACAGCAGAAACCUCAUUCUCACUUCUCUUCAUGCAGUUCUUAAAACAGUUUGGGCUUAGAUCUGAAUCAUUGUGCGAAAAACGCUCACCAGCCUUUAAAGAAAUCAUCAGGGUUUCUUUUUUUCUCAAAAUCUCACUGACUUUGGAAAAUUUGUGCAAAAAUGUCUGACCUUGAAGAUGAUGGGCUACAGUUACAGGCGAGCACACAGGGGGCCACACCUGUCAGCUAACAACAUGAAACUGGGGCUGCAUUUCACCCAGACAAACAUAUUGAAAACAUUAGAUUGAAAUACUGAAAAACGGUAAUCGGAGAAAUGAGCGAUCAAGAGCUCUAACUGACAAAAGUACAAACUGUUCUGUUCUGGUGAGCUGUCAGAUUCAAGUGACAAGUGCAUUAACGCAGCAACAAAUAUCACAAGUAUGGAUAUAAACAAAAGCGGUGUUUAUAAAAACAAUGAGACCAUCUAAUGUUCAUAAGGAAAUGCUCAAACCGAUUUAAGAACUGCAUCAAGAGGAAUGAGAAUGACUUUUCUCUCUGUGACGGAUGGAGAAAAGCUGUAAAGCUGGCCCACGUGUCCGCUUCAAUUUGUGCUCUCGUCACAGUGGACAGUUUGUGAACCGAGAACUUGCUGGGCACUCAGAUAGUUCUUAGGUCAUGUGACAGAACAGUUCACCUUUAUUUCAGCUUUUUCAUUCAGACUUCCUUCACUGGAAAAUAAUAA